AUGUCUUCAUCAAGUUUAGAUGCGAGAGAAAAAGUAUUAACAGCUGGAAAUAUUAUUGUCAUUGUAGUUGGUACGAUUUCUGGUCUUGCACUUCUCAUUGUAGUUAUUACAAUGAUUUUAUGCAUUGUCAAACAUUCAAAUCGUUCAAGAAAUGUAACAAUUAGAGAAAUAAUUCUUGAAAAACCACAACUAUAUCCAAAUAUUCAUUCAUGGCCAAAUCAGUAUCCAUCGAAUCUAACUAGUGUAGCAAAUUAUCCACCUCCAAAUCAAUCGACUGUUCCACCAUAUACAGC